CUUUGGAUCACUGGCUGUAUGCGAACGAGUGAUGCGCGUUUGGAGCCAAUCAUUCACAUAACAGAAUGCAGCAUGUUACUGAAGAGAUACGAGACAGCCAAUGUGCUAGUUACAGUAUCAGCGUGCGCUCUGGAAAGACAGAGGAGAGUGGAAAGCCAUCAGUUUGCCAGUUAAAGUCCCCUGAAUGAUAUCGAAGAGGUUGGUGAGAAACCUGACCACAGAGACAGGGGUGAGAAGAUGAAGAAGUCUUUUGGAGUAGUGUGCAUAUCACUAAUUUUAUUUGCAGCUCUGUCAGAAACAAUUGGAUUAGUGAUUGCGGGUAAAGAGAAGCGAGGGUGGACACUAAACAGUGCAGGCUACCUUUUGGGUCCCCGUCGUAUUGAUCACCUAAUACAGAUAAAGGAUAAUCCCAGCGUAAGGGGGAGAGAAGAACUGCUAAGUCAAUACGGCAUUGACGGUCACCGCACUCUCAGUGACAAGCAUGGCCUUGCUGGAAAGAGAGGCAUGCCCCUGGACGAUGACUUCAAAACAGGUGCCUUGAGAAUAGCAGAUGAGGAUGUAAUACACACUGUCAUUGACUUCUUAUCAUACCUGAAACUUAAAGAAAUCGGAGCUCUGGAUACCAUGCCUUCCUCUCUCACAUCAGAAGAGAUGGAUCAGCCCUAGUUCAACUGAUCUCUUCUCUACACCUCACCUGCCUACAAACAACAGUAUCUGUACAUUUCCCAUUACUGGUG